CCUGUCCUGCUUCCGGUUCCGGCCCGGCCCGGCCCAUGGCCGCCCCCGCCGCCGCCCGCCCCUAGGGCUCCCCCGCCCGGGCCCGGCCCGGCCCGGCCCCGGCUCCGCCUCCGUGCGCCCGGGCCCGGACAUGGGCCGCUGGUAGCGGCUGCGCCCGGUGCGCCCGGUGCGCCCGGCCCGGGCCUGCCCGAGCUCCCCCCGCCGGCCCCGAGCUCCCCCCGCCGGCCCCGAGCUCCGGCCCCGCCGGUCAGGAUGUCUUCGCGCUCCGCCCUGGCGGCGGGGAACGAGCGGAACGCGGACACACUCGCAGGCCUGGGGGGCAGCCGCUCGGAGAAGGGCUCGGCCUGGUCCAGCCGCUCGCUGGGUGCCCGCUGCCGCAACUCCAUUGCCUCCUGCCCCGAGGAGCAGCCCCACAUCGGCAACUACCGCCUGCUGCGCACCAUCGGCAAAGGCAACUUCGCCAAGGUCAAGCUGGCCCGGCACAUCCUCACCGGCCGCGAGGUGGCCAUAAAAAUCAUCGACAAGACGCAGCUGAACCCCACCAGCCUCCAGAAGCUCUUCCGGGAAGUUCGCAUCAUGAAGGGGCUGAACCACCCCAACAUUGUGAAACUGUUUGAGGUCAUUGAGACAGAGAAGACGCUGUACCUGGUGAUGGAGUAUGCCAGUGCUGGCGAAGUGUUCGACUACCUUGUGUCCCAUGGGAGGAUGAAGGAGAAGGAGGCACGUGCCAAGUUCAGACAGAUUGUCUCAGCUGUGCACUACUGCCACCAGAAAAACAUCGUCCACCGGGACCUCAAGGCAGAGAACCUGCUGCUGGAUGCUGAUGCCAACAUCAAGAUCGCUGACUUUGGGUUCAGCAACGAGUUCACGCUGGGCUCCAAGCUGGACACCUUCUGCGGGUCCCCGCCUUACGCUGCCCCUGAGCUCUUCCAGGGCAAAAAGUACGACGGCCCUGAGGUCGACAUCUGGAGCUUGGGCGUCAUCCUCUACACCCUGGUCAGCGGCUCCCUGCCCUUCGAUGGCCACAACCUCAAGGAGCUGCGGGAGCGGGUGCUGCGGGGCAAGUACCGGGUGCCCUUUUACAUGUCUACCGACUGCGAGAACAUCCUGCGCCGGUUCCUGGUCCUGAACCCGGCCAAGCGCUGCACCCUGGAGCAAAUCAUGAAGGACAAGUGGAUCAACAUUGGUUAUGAGGGCGACGAGCUGAAGCCCUACAAAGAGCCCGAGGAGGACUUUGGAGACGCCAAGCGUAUUGAGGUGAUGGUGGGCAUGGGCUACACCCGGGAGGAGAUCAAGGAGUCCCUGAGCAACCAGAAGUACAACGAGGUGACGGCCACCUACCUCCUGCUGGGCAGGAAGAACGAGGUGGAGGCAGGCGAGUCACGUACGGGCAGCAGCCUCUCCCUGGCCCGGGUGCGGGCACCCAGCGAGGUGGCCAACGGCACCGGCAAGCCAUCCUCGCAUGGCAAGAGCCAGCGCGGUGCCACCACCUACCACCGGCAGCGGCGGCACAGUGACUUUUGCGGCCCCUCGCCGGUGCCCAUGCACCCCAAGCGCAGCCCCACCAGCGCAGGCGACGCGGAGCUGAAGGAGGAACGUAUGCCCACCCGCAAGGCCAGCUGCAGCGUGGUGAGCAGCGGGCGCGGGAUGCCCCCCUCUAGCCCCAUGGUCAGCAGCGCCAACAACCCCAACAAGUCUGAGAUCCCCGACCGGCACAAGGACGGAGCCAUCAACACGGGACCCGCUGCCUUCCAGAACAACCUCCCCUCGAGCGUGAUGGCACGCAGGAACACCUACGUCUGCACCGAGCGCCCAGGCACCGACCGCCACUCGCUGCUGCAGAACGGCAAGGAGAACAGCUCCGUCGCCGGCCGGGUGCCGCCAGCGUCACCCUCCAGCCACAGCAUUGCCGCAGCCUCCUCGGAGCGGGCCCGCCUGGCGCGGGGCACCACGGUCCGCAGCACCUUCCACGGCGGGCAAGUGCGGGAUCGGCGAACGGGGGGCGGUCCCAACGGGCCCCCCGCCUCCCCGACGCUGGCACCCGAGGCCUUGCCAUUGCCCCAGAGCCGCUCGCGGGCCACCUCCAACCUCUUCAGCAAGCUGACCUCCAAGCUGACCCGCAGGGUCGCAGACGAACCUGAGAGAAUCGGGGGACCUGCGCUCACAAGUUGCCAUCUACCUUGGGAUCAAAAGGAAGCCGAACCCCGGCUGCUCCGAUGCCCCUGGCAUGUGAAGGUGACGAGCGCCCGGUCGGCCGAGGCGGUGAUGGCGGCGCUGCAGCAGGCCACCCUCUCGGCCGGCUGCCGCGCCCGCCAGCCCCAGCCCUUCCUGCUCUCCUGCACCCACGACCGGGGCCCCAGCGAGCACUUCUGCCAUUUCGAGGCUGAGGUUUGCCGGAUCCAGCGCCUCGGCCUCCACGGCGUGCUCUUCCGGCGCCUGGCUGGCACUGCUGGCGCUUUCCGUGCCACCUUGGCACGUGUGUCCGGUCAGCUCCAGCUCUAGGGACCUGCCGGAGCUGGGACCCCCGCCUUGAGGGCUGCAUCCCUCCCCGGGGGAGGCACUGGAGCUGGGACCCGGAGCUGCAUUGGCACCAGGACCCCCCCCCAAACCCCGGGGCUGCAUCGGCAUUGGGAGCCCCCCGGGCUGCACCGGAUCCGGCACCUAGGGCUGCAGUGGUGUUGGGGACACACACCCCUCCCCCCCCGGGGUGUGUCAGAUCCAGCACCCGGGGCUCUAUCGACACUGGGACCCCCACAAGGAUGCACCGGAUCUAUGGCUCCCACCCUGGGGGCUGCAUCGGCACCGGGACACCACCACCACUACCCCCCCUGCCCCCGGGAGCUGCACUGGCACUGGCACUGGCGGGGUCUGGAAAGGAGCCAGGCCCCCCUAGGGCUGCCUUGGAUCUGGGGCACCCACCCGGGGGUCCUUCCUUGGCGCCAGCAUCCCCUUGGGGACAUCAGCACCAGCACCCGGGGGCUUGCGGCAGCUCGGGGCCACACGCUGAUGGCAGCUCAGGGACCCGGGGUGCCCUGGGGCCCACCCCAGGUGUCGCGGGCUCUGGGACCCCUUGGCUGUCUGUGGGGCUGUUGGCUCUGGGACCCCAGCACCCCUGGACUCUGGGACCUUGGGGACAUUGGUGCCAAGACCUUGGGGUCCACUGGCUCCAGGACCCCAGGGACUACCAGCUCUGGGACCUUGGAGACAUCCGCUCUGGGACCUAGGGGUCUGGGACCUUGGGGACAUAAUUUUGGGAUCUUGAGGUCCCCCAGCUCCUAGACAUGGGGUUCUACAUCACCUCCAGUCCCCUGGAUCCCCACUUCCACGCCACCUCUGGCUCCCCAGAGCUGUAGCUGCAUCCUGGGGUCCCCCAGAGCGUGCCUCUCCCUCCCUAGGGGAUUGUCCCUGUGUCCCCCCAGCCCUGUACAGCCUGUAAAUACGGCCCUGGGCCCCAGAGCUCUGGUGUCACCCCCUCCCUUCCCCCCCUCCCCCCCCCCCAGCACAUUUUUAAGUUAUUCCUGCCCUGGUCUGUACGAGAACCCCCAAAUAAAGAUAGGAGACCCA